AAUAUCAAAUUGACUCUCAACUCUUGAUAAUUCUACAGCAACUGCUACGAUACAAGAAAUCACACGAUAUGGCGAACGAUAAGCGGAAAAUGACGGACGCAGAUCGAGCAUUGGUGCAGGCUUUUGUGGCUAAUCGACGGCUUGAUAUCGAGCAACUGAGAAAAGCUCUAUCUGAUAUCUUGAACGUUUCCAAUAAACUGCAGCAAGGUGACGACUACGAGACAGAAAUCGAACCAGACGAAAUCUCGCAGGAGCAAGUCGAAGAGUACAUCGGCGUUCUCAACUCGGAGCUGUACAGUCUUGACUACGAGAUACGGUGCUCAGUCAGUCCGGAUAACGUGCUUACUUGGCAUCUGGAAUUCCUAGAGUGAACGCGUGCGUUCUUCAUUGAAGCUCUGCUAUCUUACAACGGCGUUUUUGUUGGGUUUCUUGGUCACCUGGAGUUUUCAUAAAUAGUUU